GAAGUGACGCGCCUGUGCAGCGUACCCGGGAACAAGUUACACCUGGAGGUGAAGUGGGAGGAGUAAAGACGACAGGAAGAUGCCACGCAAGAAAAGGAAACCGAAGCCGCCUUCAAGGGACAGCCACUUGGACAACGCACCAUCAUCUUCUCCCUCAACAUCACAAGCUCAAGAUGGUGAAGGUAAAAUCACCACAGUAGAAAUUCAAAUGACGGCAGCUGAAGUUCCUGUGGAAACAAAAUUGACAUUUUCCAUGCGCAAUGAGACUGUGAUAAGUGUGCAUGUGAACGACGCUUUGCCACUGACGCAAUUGUCGUUGUGGAACUGUACCCCAAGCUGCUUCGUGGAGUUGACGACUAAACUCUGCAAAGCACUUUGCCAAUUUGAUAACAAAUCUAAGCGUUAUUAUAAUGCUUGGCUGUCGAAAAUGGAAAAUGGAAAUGUACAAUUUGUGUUUGGACAUGACGAGAAGGAUGAGGCCUUGAAUAUGGCAAAGAACCAUGAAGUUGUGAAAGACAUGAUAGAAGACCUUUUUAAACAAAUUGAUGUGGAAAUGACCAGUAUCCAUCUAAAAAUAGAAAUUCCAGCGCCGACGCAAAUUCCAACAACGAGGACGAGUUCCCGAACCCAAAAAAUUGCAGGAAGAUCACAGGACAGAGAACAGAAGCCUGACAACAGUGCUGAACAGGAAACAGCCGCUAUGGGCGAUGUCACUAUCAAAGGAGUUGAUGGCACAGGUACAGCAAACAGAUCAAUUGUUGGUGGGACCCAGAAAGUUGGAAAGAUGAUUCAAGUUCAGGGUGAUUUCUAUGAAGGCUCGGAAAACUCACAGAUGGCAGACCCGCAGAAACAAAGUAAAAUAGAAUCGAAAAGCUUUCAAGUUUGUGGAAAGAUACGACACUGUCGCACCAAAGUUACAAGAUCAAAGGGUGGAAAGAAAACAAAAGAAAUGCAUAUCCAGUUCAACGAUGAAGACAGUGAUGAAACCUAUAAUAGCACUUGCAAAACUGAGUGGACUUGUAAGACAAAGCCGAACAAACAGGUGUUAAAUGUUGAUCCCUCCUCGAGCGUGAUGGAGCCACUGUACGAAAUAAAGGAUUCAACGAGGCGAACACAUCAUGCUAAAUUGAAGGAAGUUCGAAGUGGGAGUAUAGUGUUUGUGUUUGAGCACGAAACCAGAGAGGAUGCUAUACAGAUGAUAAAGAGGCAUCAGGAAAUAGAACACCUGAUAUUACACUGCUUGCGUCAACUUGACUCCGAAGUUGAGGACAUAACCCUUCACAUCAAGCUACAAGACCUGAGUGAGUAUGAAAGGAAAGUGGAUACAAGAGAGCCCAGUCCACUGAAAAGGAAACCAAUUAUCAGCUAUUCGAUAUCAACAGGAAAAGAUUAUCUAUCUGCUGAUACAUCUCUAACAUCUUCAGGAGAACACAUGUCACAUAAAAAGAAAGGAAAACUGUCAGACUGGCCAUCUUUUUCAAGAUGUCAAACAUGCCUACAACCAAUACCUCAUCCACAAACGUCUGGAUUGGGAGAGGAGCUGCUUGACCGUUCAAAUAAACAGUACCAAGAGAUUGUGCGGGGACUGAAACAGCAAAUAACAACUUUAAACAUCGAGCUUGGCCAAAAAGACGAACAAAUUAAAGACUAUGAAAGAUCCCAGCUGGCAGAAACUCGAAUGUUGCUGUGGAUGAGGAUCAAAUUCGCCUUCCUUGACUGAAACUAGUGGAUACCGUGAGUAGGCGUACAAAGUGACUGUUUUAUAAAUCUCUUCUU